UAUUGACGUCACAAUACACCACGAACUAAAGAGGACAUUUUAGUGGGGGCUUUCUUUAUUAGACUAUAACCACUUUUCCCUCCCAGUUUGGCAACCAAGCAAUUCCUAAUCGUCUGUAGAACCUCCGGUGACAUCCGUUGCGACUGUGCAGGGUACCGCCACGAAGCCUGGCUCUGGUGUAGAUGGUGAGGUGACAAACUCGAGGACUCUGGCCACGCCAGAUGCAGGAUCGGCGUCGAGCCCGGCCGGGCAGACCGCGGCCCCGAUGGGCGGGGCUACACCGAUGCAAGUCUCCGCCUACCUGCACGCGCGUGGCUACAGACUCGGACCCCGGCUAGGCAAGGGCAGUUACGCCAAGGUCAAGGUCGCAGAGAGGCUUGCUGACCGGCACAUAGUGGCAGUUAAGAUCGUCAACAGGCGUCGAGCAGCGAAAGAGUUCUUGGAUAAGUUCCUUCCCCGAGAGCUGUCCAUCCUCUUGUCGUUAGACCACCGGAACAUCAUCAAGGUCCAUGAGAUUAUACAGCUAGAGGAAGUCGUGUGUGUGGUGAUGGAGUACGCAGGGGCCGGUGACCUGCUCGACUUUGUCAAACGGCGCGGAGCUCUCGCAGAAACACAGGCUGGACCCAUAUUCGCACAGGUGUGUGAAGGCAUCCGCUACCUACACAGCCGGCACAUCUGUCACCGAGACCUCAAGUGUGAGAACAUUCUGCUCCGCCUGGACCUCACUGUGGCACUCUCAGACUUUGGCUUCUCCAGGACCCUGCCUAGCCCGGACACCCUCAGCCAAACGUACUGUGGGAGCGCGGCGUACGCGUCCCCUGAACUGCUGCGGGGCAAGCCUUACUUUCCUCUGCUCAACGAUAUCUGGAGUCUGGGCUGUGUGCUCUUCAUCAUGGUCACUGGACAGAUGCCUUUCUACGAUAAAAAUACGAAGAAGAUGAUGUACCGUCAGCUUAAGGGCAAGGUCAACUUUCCUGAGGACCGGCCGGUGACGCCGCAGUGCCGUGACGUGAUCGGACACACACUGGAGCCUAACAUGGACAAGCGCUACGACAUCGGCGAGAUCCUGGAACAUCCUUGGAUGGCGCCCUACGUCAGGACGCUUGACCACACGUCAGAGGACACGCCCGAGAGAGGAGAGCAGUCUUACGAAUUUGCGAACAAUCGAGUUGCCAGUGGGUUUAAACCGCCAGAAUAUGAGACAGGGGUUGGGAAAACGCAUCCUCUUUCGGGGAUAUCAGCACUGCAGGAACAGUCAUACGAGAGAGCUGAACAUGGCGUUAGUCCGGAUAAUGUACACCGGGAUGUAAGACAUUCGGAUGCUGGAAAUCCGGAUACUGAACAUCCUGAUACAGGUAACGCUGAAAUUGGGGUUGUCGAUGAUCCGAACCCUCGUCAGAGCAGCCGGUUAUCGUACAGCUCGGUGGAUUCGGAGGAGGACCACACCACAUCCGGCACGGCGGAGAUCCGGUCCUUGUGCCGCAUGCCCGGAGAAGCGUGUAUCCUUAGGGGCCUUGGCCACAAGUCGCACGCUCUCUCUCGCAUCGAGGACAUGGGCAGCGAGACGGACCAGACGAGCCCCGGUCAUGGUGGCGUGUGUUACGUCAUCCAAAGCCAAGCCAGCUCCUCCUCGGUGGACAGCGCCGCCAGCUAUGCCGUGAGCUCCUCCACCAGCAUUGACCCCGCCCCCGCCACGACUUCGCCACGCCCCCUCUUACAGGAGGAGAAGCCGUACGGGUUGAAGGCUGUGCAGCAAAGAGAUGCUGGUGGGAGCAGGGGAGUCGCCAACCGGACAGCGGAGAGAGGAGGGUUGGACCAGAAUUUCAAGAUGAACAUCCAGAAAAUUUUGCAGAUUCCCUUAAAGGCGUCCGCACGUCUGCUCUCCCCGGAAAUGAUAAAUCACGUGGUUUCGAAAGGCACGAGUCCCCCUCACAUAGACAAAAGUCGUGGCGGGUGUAUGGCGAACACUACAGGAGCCCCACAUGUCCUGAGUGAUCCGCCGGUCGGCUACAUGCCUCAAAACUCUUCCUCCGCUCUGCCCACGAUGGGUGGUAUCUCUACGUUGGCCCAAAGCCCACUUAGUCCAUCUGCUACCACCAACUCUCGGUGCUCCGGACAGCCUAAGAUCAACGGUGGCACGAUAGCACACCUUUCAAUUAAUUCAGCCAAUCAAAAUGGCAUCUCUCUGCAACAUCCUGUUCCUAAAAACCAAAACCAGGCAGUUCGCUGCUUACACGAACGCUUGCCCUCUUCUCCACGCCCAGUGGACCAAUCAGAGAGCUACACUACCUCACAGUCUCCGCCUCGAACCAAAAAUCAGCCAAUAGAAUACGCGGCGAAUACCCAAGACAGUCGUACCUCUAAAACAAAAGAAGACUUGGCGAUAUCUGAAGAGAGCAUCCGUGUCCACGAAGAAGGGUUAGUGACGCAAAUGCGUCGGAUUUUCGAAUCCAAGGACGCCAGCACUGCGAUGAGCCAACGGCGCACCGGCACUUGGGGGCGAUCCUAGUCAGACUGAUUAUAAACAUGAUGUACACAUGAAA